CCCCAGUUGGCCAUUUUGGUUAAACGAGAGUGCAUCUUUUUCCUUAGCACUGAGUGGCUCUUCCCUCUUCUUAGUUUGUUGCAUCCCUCCUCUUACACGCAUUUGGCCUCCACCCAAGUUCGGAUUCAAGCUUCUCCAGCUUCCUUGUUUCAUUUGCUCCUCAAAACCCAGAAGAAAGAACACUCAAUCUCGAAGGUUUUCUGGGGAGGUACCCAGAUUGGUAAAUUUGUGUGGGAACUGUUGCCUUGCAAGCUUAUUUUAUUAGAUACAUAAGAUGCCAAGGGAAGAGACAAAUGCAUCAUCAGUUGGACCAGAAAAGUCAAUAGCAUCUGAUGAGAAGGUUGGUAUUGAUGAAGACAAUGAUCCUGAUGAAGCAAUGGAUGAAGAGGUUGAGUAUGAAGAAGUUGAGGAGGAAGAAGAAGAAGUAGAAGAAAUAGAAGAAGAAGUAGAAGAAAUAGAAGAAGAGGGGGAAGAAGAAGAAGAAGAAGAGGAAGAAGAGGAGGUGGAGGAGGAAGAAGAGGAGGAGGUAGAAGAAGAGGUCGAUGAUGAAGAUGCUAAUAUUGCUACUGAAAUUGAUGUCAAGAACUCAGUGAGCAGUGAAGAAGAGAAGAAAAAACAUGCUGAACUUCUUUCCCUUCCUCCGCAUGGUUCUGAAGUUUACAUUGGUGGCAUUCCUCAUGAUGUUACUCAGGAGGACAUAAAGGUCUUUUGUGAAGCUGUAGGAGAAGUUACAGAGGUCCGGAUUAUGAAGGGGAAAGAUUUAGGUGACAGUAUGGGCUUUGCAUUUGUGACAUUCAGAAACAUGGAGAUGGCAUCUACUGCUAUUGAUGAAUUGAAUAAUACUGAAUUUAAGGGUAAAAGAAUAAAAUGUUCAACAUCUAAAGCAAAGCACCGGUUGUUCAUCGGUAAUGUUCCAAGGAGUUGGGGAGAAGAAGAUCUAAGGCAGGUUGUGAUGAAGGUUGGUCCUGGAGUCACCGGUGUGGAAUUGGUCAAGGAUGUGAAAAACACAAGCAAUAAUCGGGGGUUUGCUUUCAUUGACUACCACAACCAUGCAUGUGCGGACUAUUCAAGACAGAAAAUGAUGGACUCAAAAUUUAAGCUGGAUACUAAUGCUCCAACAGUGAGCUGGGCUGACCCUAAAAAUGCCGAGUCUUCUGCUGCUUCUCAGGUGAAGGCAGUAUAUGUGAAGAAUUUGCCCAAAACUGUGACCCAAGAACAGUUGAAGAAGCUAUUUGAACACCAUGGGAAAAUUACAAAAGUGGUUCUACCAGCUUCAAAAUCUGGACAGGAGAGGAACAGAAUUGGUUUUGUACAUUUUUCCGAGAGGUCAAGUGCUAUGAAAGCAUUAAAGAACACUGAAAACUAUGAACUUGAUGGCCAGCUGUUGGAGUGCUCUCUUGCAAGGCCUCAAGCAGAUCAAAAGUCAGGUGGAUCGAAUUCCCAGAGGUCAGGGUUGAUUGCUAAUUAUCCACCCCGUUCUGCUUAUGGUGUGCCUGGGGGUGCGUAUGGGGCUCUUGGUUCAGGAUAUGGUCCUGCAGGUUUUCCACAGCCUUUGAUUCCUGGACCAGGACCGGCUCCUCCUGGCAUGACAAUGAUGCCGAUGCUUCUGCCUGAUGGACGGAUUGGAUAUGUUUUGCAACAACCAGGGCCUCAGCCAUACCCACACCCACACCAACACCCACACGCACAUCAACAUCAACAUCCACACAUGUCGCACGGGCAUGUGCGAAAUGGUGGGCGGGGUGGUGGGGGGAGCGGUACCAAGAGUAGUGGUAGUUCACACAAGGGAAGACACAACAAUGAUGCUGGCCGUGGGCGCAGGUAUCACCCAUAUUAACUGUUUUAGUAGUUGUUGCAAGUUGGGAAGUUCUGCAUUCUCGUGUACUCUUACCAGUCCAGGUUGUAGUGGUUAUACUGUUGGACCAGCAUGAUUAUGUACCCAAAUGCGUUGAGGAUUCUGAGUCUUCAUUUGCCAACAGAUAUAUAAUAUUGGUUGGUCAGUUGGUUUAGUUGCAUAAUUA